GAUUUAUGCUGGGUUUUUAACUUCAUUGUGUUGAGGAAGAAAGCAGAAGUAUCUGCUUGUGUGUUGUGAUUUGGAAAACUGAUCAAGGAUGUGGAACGGCAACGGAAAUGCGGUGAUGCAGACGGCGAUGAGGUAUUUCUCCACGAGCUCGCGGAAGCGUGCCCCCAAUUUGAGGAAGAUAAACCCUAGGGUUCCAUUUCAGGAGGCCGCCUACAUUGCCGAAGGUCUCUACGACGUCAUCAAGGCUAAUGGCCCUCUCACCAUCGGAAAUGCAUGGAAUCACGUCAAGGAUGCUGGUAUCAGUGGUCUAAACAGCAAAACACACAUGAAGAUUAUGCUGAAGUGGAUGAGAGGUAGGAGUAUGCUCAAACAAAUCUGUAACCAAGUUGGAUCCAACAAGAAAUUUCUUGUCACCACAUAUCCAGAAGAACCUCAGACGGACCAGGUGAUCAACUACACCCCAGAAGUGAAGCCGAAGACUCAGAAACCUUCAAAGUCUGAUAGAAAACGAGCACGAUAAUGGGUGCAUGUGUAAGUGUCUGUGCUGAUUGCUAUUUUGUUAUUUCUUCCCCCUAUCUUGGCCUUCAGUGGAAGUGUCGGUGUUGAGCACAAAAAUUUUCCCAUUCAAGGUAUGAAUGUGCUUUAGUUCCCUA